UGGGCGGCGCUGCCCCGUGUGGGUUGGAGAGGCGGGCGCCCGACCUGGACGCGCUGCGCCCGCGGACGGCUGCCCCCGAUGCAGCCGCUGCCACCGGAGGAGGCCCGCAGGGACGGGGCUGAGGACGCCCAGUGGUCCAGGCCCGAGUGCCAGGCAUGGACGGGGACGCUGCUGCUGGGCACGGGCCUGCUGUACUGCGCCCGGGUCAGCGUGCCCGUGUGCGCCGUCUCCAUGAGCCAGGACUUCGGCUGGAACAAGAAGGAAGCCGGCGUCGUGCUCAGCAGCUUCUUCUGGGGCUACUGCCUGACUCAGGUGGUGGGCGGCCACCUGGGGGACCGGAUCGGGGGUGAGAAGGUCAUCCUGCUGUCCGCCUCCGCCUGGGGCUUCAUCACUGCCGCCACCCCGCUGCUCGCCCGCCUCAGCAGUGCUCACCUGGUCCUCAUGACCUUCUCGCGCAUCCUCACGGGCUUGCUCCAAGGGGUCUACUUCCCGGCGCUGACCAGCCUGCUGUCACAGAAGGUACGAGAGAGCGAACGUGCCUUCACCUACAGUGCCGUGGGGGCCGGCUCCCAAUUUGGGACGCUGGUGACGGGGGCCGUGGGCUCCCUGCUCCUGGACCGGUACGGCUGGCCUAGCGUCUUCUACCUCUCCGGCGGGCUCACCCUGCUGUGGGUGUGUUAUGUGCACAGGUACCUGCUGAGUGAAAAAGAUCUCAUCCUGGCCUUGGGCGUUCUGGUGCGAGGCCUGCGGGUGUCCAGGCGCACCAAAGUUCCCUGGAGACAGCUUUUCCGGAAGCCCUCUGUCUGGGCAGCCAUCUCCGCUCAGCUGUCGUCCGCGUGUGCUCUCUUCAUCCUCCUCUCCUGGCUGCCGACCUUCUUCAAGGAGACGUUCCCCAGCUCCAAGGGCUGGGUCUUCAACGUGGUGCCCUGGCUGGUGGCCAUCCCCGCCGGUCUGUUCAGCGGGUUCCUCUCCGACCAUCUCAUCAAUCAGGGUUACAGAACCAUCACUGUUCGGAAGUUCAUGCAGGUGAUGGGCCUUGGCCUGUCCAGCGUUUUUGCCCUGUGUUUGGGGCACACCUCGAGCUUCUGCAAAUCUGUGGUGUUUGCAUCAGCUUCCAUCGGCCUGCAGACCUUCAACCACAGUGGCAUUUCCGUCAACAUCCAGGACCUGGCUCCAUCCUGUGCCGGCUUUCUGUUCGGUGUGGCCAACACAGCUGGGGCCUUGGCAGGUGUCGUGGGCGUGUGCUUGGGAGGCUACCUCAUCGAGACCACGGGCUCCUGGACGUCCAUGUUCAGCCUGGUGGCUGCCAUCAGCAGCCUGGGGCUGUGCAUCUUUCUGCUGUUUGGAGAGGCCCAGCGCGUGGACCUGAGCCCUACCCACGAGGACCUCUAGCUGCCUCGGCCUGACGGUUCCCCGAGGACCCAGUGCUGCCCGCCUCGGGGCGUCGGGCUGUGUUGAAGAGCCUCCCGCUCCCGAUCCCGGGUGUGUGAGCAGAGGGGGACGGGCCCCAGCGGAGCCCGGGCAGCCCUGGUGGGCCUCAGUCUCUCCACCUGCCAGUGAGGUGAUCGCGCCCUCCCCCGGGGUUCGUGGGCUGGCAGGGGUGAGUGGGAUUGGUAUUUUGAGUAGCAGCUGCACUGUCACAGUCUGUCCCACGUAGGUCUGCGUGCCCACGUGGUCACUGGGUGGGAGGGCUGCCUGUCUGUCAUCACAGGGGCAGGGGCACCACCCAGCUGGACUCUUCCCUCAGACCUGCUCUGCUUUGCCUCUUGGCCCUGGGGCCAGAUCAUUCUUCCUGGGGGGUGCCGUCCUGUGCACUGCGGGCUGUUUAGCAGUUGGCCCCCGCCUACUAGGUGACCCCCUCCGCCAGUGAUGACAACCAGCACUGGCUUCUGGCCUCACCACAUGUCCUCAGGAGACUGUGCCCUGGGCCAGAACCACGGCUCUGAUGGAGGCUGUUGGGGGUUGUGGGCUAGAUGCCCUCGCCCAUCUUUGGGGCCCCCCCUGGCACCCCCUGUGGGGCCCUCUCUGCCAGGGAUGCUUCUGGGGACCAGGGAGCCCUCCCACCUUGUCCUUCUCUCUCUCAUAACGAGAAACUGGUCAUCUCGUGAGUUUGUAAUAGAUUUUGCAAGAUGUCUAAGUAGAAGAACUAAGAAUGUGGAGAGAUCACACCAGACUUAUUUAAAUGAUUAAACUGGAAAGGGAAGGCUGCGAUUUUAUUAACCUUCCUUUAUUUAUUUAUUUUU